CUAUGUUAUUCAUUGUGUGAGAAGGAAGAGGUUCGUUUCUUUUGCUGCAUUGUGCAGGUCGGAAGCAAACAAAGAUACGUAAAACAAAAAUCCUUAAUGGCAUUGUGAACAGAGGCAGCUGCGUUGCACAUGCGUGGCCUGCAUUCAUUUGGGAGAGAAAGAAACGCAACAACUGAUUGUUAAUUCAACUGUUGAACAGUUUACCUGCAUGCUUAGUCUGUCGGUGCAGAUGCAAUGGAGUGGAAAAUCUGAUAACAAAAGAGAAGCUGUGUAAAACAGCAACAGCUGUGCCUGGCAAUUGAAUGGAACGGCAUAGUCAACAGCUGCCACUCCCCCGCAGCUGAGAGCAACGACAGAAGAGAGAGCGCAGCAGUGUUAAUUGCGAGAGCUCUGUUAGCAGUUACUACAGAGCUAAGAGCAUGCAAAGAGAGGAGAUACGAGGUGCGAAUUGAAGCGUAGCCGUGGCCAGACUGUUGGCAGUUCAUUUGAGCAUAACAGCGGGCAAACAGUAGCAGCAGUCUGUUAAGUUAACAGCGCUGCUUGCCUCUUAAAUGCUCUUUGCCUUGGCUUCGCCUCCAACUAGAAUUCAAUUGUAUCGGGAACUUUGCGUUGAACGGACGGAAAUCAGCAGUCAGCUCUGCAUUGAAAUCGACGUCAACGGCAACGGCGUCUGCCAAAAUCGUGUUUAACAAAAAUAGCAGCAACAAACAAAGCUAAAAUAUAUAUACUUAAACAUAUAUCGACAGGGAAGCGAAUAUCUAUAACAAAAGUGAAAAGUCGGCGUGCGGUGCCGCUAAAAUGUCUACAAAUUACCAAAGUGUUAAAUCAUUUAAGCAAAUUAAGUACGCACCAUAAAAAGAAGUGACUGCAAUAGAACAGAAGCUGAAAUCCCACGCAAAACUAAGUUAAACCAACAUAGAGCCAAGCCAGGCUGAACGCAACCUGUAGCUCGGGCAGCGACAGCAACUGCGACGCCAACGCUAGCAGCGCAGCUGGCGCCUUGUACGUUUACGGACUUGGAAUUGGUUUUCGUGUUUUCGUAACGCGGAAGCUCAAAAGCAAAGCCGCAGCAGAAGCAGAAAAAGCAGAGAAAAAAGAAAGAAUUACAAAAACAAAAUCAACAACAACAACAAGAAGAAAAGCGACAAACAGCUUUUACUUUUUGUUUGCUUUUUGUUUCGAUUCAACAAGGAGUCGAGAAAUCAAAUCAGAAACCUUUAACAUGUGGUGCAUUGUGGACCUGCCGAACGGCAUCCGACAGGCCGUCGAAUUGGAUCCCAAAGCCAUCGGCCAAGAAUGCCUCGAAAAGGUAUGCAAGGGACUGGGCAUCAUCUGUGAGAUGGAGUACUUCGGCCUGGAGCCGUGGACGCCCAACCAGAAGGAGUCCCGCACCCGUCAAUGGUACAACCUGAGGAACCGCCUGCACGGCGACAGCGGCAGCAGCGGCAGCGGCGUCCAGCUGAUGCUAGCGAUGCGCGUGAAAUUCUGGGUGCCCGUGCACAGCAUACUGCAGGAGAGCGUGCGGAAUCUGUUCUAUAUGCAGGCGCGCAGGGAUCUGCUGGAGGCGCGGCUGUGCGCUCACGACUGGAGCAAUGCGGCCAAGCUGGCGGCGCUGCUCUGCCAGGCGGAUGGGCUGCGCUUCAAUGAGCAGGCGCUGCGCGCCGAGUGCCCGAUGCGGAUGCGCCGCGAGCUGGCCCAGCAGCAGCUGGCGCAGCAGCAGCAGCACAAGCUGGAGCAGCAGCGCAAGGAGAAGGAGCACGUGCUCAGCUUCAAGAAGCGCCGCCUCUCCAAGCAGAAGUCCGUCGAGCACAUCGAGUGCUGUGCCCUUGCCGCGCCCACCACGACGAUCGUCGCCAGUCCCAACAACUUGCAGCCAUCGCCGUCAGCGUCAGUUUCCGCAUCCGCCUCCAGCUCGAGCAGCCCCAGCAACAGCAGCAGCAGCCACUCGGGCCUGGACGAGCGCCUCGCCAGCAAUCCGCUGCGCAUGUACGAGGAAUACGUGAUCCUACCCAAUGCCUGCGACAGCGAGCCCCCGGGCGACUUUCUGCGCCAGAUUGCCACCGAGCACAGCAAGCUGGCCAAGCUGCCGAUGCCGCCCAAGUCGGCCAAGUACUGGCUACUGCGUGAGAUCCAGGAGCUCAGCGGCUACGGCGAGGAGCUCUUCAGCGGCCUCACCACCAACGAGAGCGCCACCCGCUGCGACAUCGCAGUGGGCGCCCAUGGCAUCACCGUCAUUCGCGGGGACGAAAAAGAAAGCAUCCCGUUCAGUGCCAUUGCCGCUGCCAAGUCGCUGAGGCGCACGUUUAAGCUGGAGUAUGUGGACGACCACAACGAUCGGAAGGAGCUGGAGAUAAAGCUGGCCAAGCAGCCGAUUGCCGCCGGCCUCUACCGCUCGAUAACGGAGCGGCAUGCGUUCUACGUGUGCGACAAGGUGCGCUGCGUGGUGACAAAUCAGUUUACGCGAGAUCUGAAGGGCACCAUUGCAUCGAUGUUCAAGGAGGACACGGAGCUGGGCAAGCGCUACGUAUUCGAUAUACAGCACACGUGCCGCGAGGUGCACGAUCAGGCGCGCCGCAAGCUGCACGAGCGCGGCUUCGAUGUGGCCGCGAUGGCGGCCAUCGAUGAUGCCAGCAGCUGUGAGCCGGGCGGCCUGGAUGCAGCCGGUUCCAUGGCCGGCAAGAUAGAUUUGGCCAUACGCGAGAAGGAGGCGCGUGAGGCGGCGAUUGAGCGCUGCGUGGACAAUCGCAUACACGAGGCCAUGCAGUGCAAGAUCUGCAUGGAUCGUGCGAUCAACACCGUGUUCAAUCCCUGCUGUCACGUCAUUGCCUGUGCGCAGUGUGCGGCUAGGUGCAACAACUGCCCCAACUGCCGCGUUAAGAUAACCAGCGUAGUCAAAAUCUAUCUGCCACCCGAACUGCGCACCAGCCAGACCCUGGCCAGCAGCAGCUGCAGCAGCAUCGCUGGUCCCUCGCCGGAUCAUCAGCUGGAGCAGCAGCUGGAGCAGCAGCCAGACAGCUCAGUCUCAGUCUCGGCCUCAGCCUCGGCCACGUCGUCGCCAGAGGCGGCCGCUGCGCCGCCUGGCGUGGGGCCAAAGGUGACAACGGCUGCCUAGAAUUGGCUGUGCUCGCUGCUGUUCCGGCUGAUGGAAUGGGUGUGCGUGCCGAUUGUCUGAUCACCGCGCAGUCGUGAUCCUGAUCUCGUGUUGAAUGCUGUUGAAUCUAUGACCAUAUAUAUAUAUAUACACCAUAUAUAUAUAUACUAUUUCGAGGGAACAAACCAAAAAUGAUGCAAAACAAAACAAAACAAAAGAUAACACACACCUUAGCCUGUAUACUCUCUGUAUCUUUACUCAAGUAUUUUAUGGAUAUGAACCACGCGACGAUAAAGUGCUAUUUAACCCUAUCUAAGACUUAACUACUUAGCCUCCUUAGCUCGUAAUACCAGAUAUACAUACAUACAUAUAUAUAUAUAGCCUAUACGAAUACUAAGUACAUAAUUAUAGCUGUAAAACUAAUGCGAAUGUACAACAUGGCCCUGUUCAGUCAAGAACAGUCAGAAAAAACAAUAUAUAGAAAAAGAAAAUACAAGUUAACAAGUUAAGAAGUUAACAGGAAAACAGCGGCUAACAAAAUCGGUUACUUACAAUAUUUUACUUUAGAACUAAACAUACAUAUACAUGCAUAUAUAUGUCUAUAUAUAUAUAUAUAUAUAUACGAUACGAAACUCGAGAUGUAUUUAUUAUUAUAUAUAAUGCAAAUGCCUAAAACUCUUAGUAUUUAUUAACACUUUAACGCUAACCUUGCCCAGCCCCAAUUCUCAUAUAUGUCUUCUAUACAUACAUAUAUAUACUCUAUAUGUGAACAAUAUGUGUAUAUAUAGUCGUUUAUAGUUUAUAGACAAGCGUACAAUAACAAGAACUAGUACUAAGUACCUGCAAACUGCAAAAUGCGUUUCUCUGCUGCAGAUAUUAAACGUAGUCAAUAAUAAAUGUUAACAUGUUAUACCAUAUACAAUCAA